CGGGACUAUAACAAGUUUGGGAACCAAUGUACGAGAGGAUGUGAUGAUGUUUCCGAUAUGGUCUCUCCUAGGUGACAAAAAGCGACCUAGAAAAGUUAAAAGGCACCUACAGACAAUUAACAAAGGAUGCCCACAGUGCCAAAGAAAAAUACAGAGACGCAAUGGUGAAAGGCAAGGAGCCGGAGAAGGCGAGGGAGCGUUACGACAAGGCCACCAUGAAGCUUCACAACCUCCACAACCAGUACGUGCUGGCGGUGCGGAGUGCCCAGCUCCACCAGGAGCACUACCACGACACCACGCUGCCCCUCCUGCUCGACUCCCUGCAGAAGAUGCAGGAGGAGAUGAUCAGUGCACUGAAGGGGAUUUUGGAGGAAUACAGUGAAAUAACCAGUCUCUUAACUGAUGAAAUAGUGAAAGUCCACAAAGAAAUCCACACCUCCAUCGACCAAAUUGAUCCUGUGUCAGAGUAUGAACACUUCAUUGAGGUUCACAGGUCUCCAGAAACCAAAGAACCAAAUGUAGAAUUUGACGUUUCACUGUUGGAGGAAACCGAGAAUCUUCAAGCAAACGAGAUCCUAUGGAACAAUUUGACUGCAGACAGUUUACAAGCGAUGCUGAAAUCCACAUCAGAUGAGCUGGGCCUCACUCAGCAGAGCCUACGCACCAAGGAGGAUCUCAUGCAAGACUUGGAAAACAAGCUUGAUGAGUCCACCAAAACAUGUGAAAAGAAGUCUGAUGUGGUGCUGCUGCUCAGUCAYAAGCAGUCUUUGGAGGAGCUGAGGCAAACGGUCCAGUUGUUACGCUGCACAGAAGCCAAGCUGGGCGCCCAGAAGGACCUGCUUGACCACAAGAUGCAGGAGAACGAGGGCAAGGAGCCUCCCCCCAUGGUCAACUACGAGGACGACGCGCGCUCCGUCAACUCCAUGGACAAAGGCAAAGACAGGACAUCAAAGUUUGACACCUUGCGUCAUUCCUUAGCCGGCAUCCUCCGCUCUCCCAAAUCAGUCCUUGGCUCAUCAUCGCAGUUUUUCGACGUGAUCCCAACUAGUGAGAAGCCCCUGGGGGACCAGGAGUGGUACCAUGGGGCCAUCCCCAGGACCGAGGCCCAGGAGCUGCUCAAAGAGCAGGGAGACUUCCUGGUCCGGGAGAGCCACGGCAAGCCUGGCGAGUACGUCCUGUCUGUCUUCUCAGAGGGACAGCGGAGACACUUCAUCAUCCAGUUUGCAGACAACCAGUAUCGUUUUGAAGGCACUGGCUUCCCGACCAUUCCUCAGUUAAUUGAACACCAUUACACUUCAAAGCAAGUUAUUACCAAGAAGUCUGGGGUGGUGCUUUUAAACCCAGUCGUCAAGGAUAAAAAAUGGAUACUCAACCAUGAGGAUGUUACUCUUGGAGAGCUUCUUGGCAAAGGCAACUUUGGUGAGGUAUUUAAAGGAACAUUGCGGGACAAGACUCCUGUGGCAGUCAAAACAUGUAAAGAGGAUCUUCCACAGGAGCUGAAGAUUAAGUUCCUAUCAGAAGCCAGGAUCCUCAAACAAUAUGACCACGCAAACAUUGUGAAGCUGAUAGGCGUCUGCACACAACGACAGCCUAUUUACAUUGUGAUGGAGCUAGUGUCAGGAGGGGACUUCUUGUCGUUUCUACGGAAGAAGAAGGAAGACCUGAAGACCAAACAGCUGGUGAAGUUUUCAUUAGAUGCUGCUGCAGGAAUGGCUUACCUCGAGCUCAAAAACUGCAUCCACAGGGAUCUGGCGGCUAGGAACUGUCUGGUGGGAGAGAGCAACCUGCUGAAGAUCAGCGACUUUGGGAUGUCGAGACAAGAGGACGAUGGGAUCUACUCGUCGUCUGGCCUCAAACAGAUCCCCAUCAAGUGGACGGCUCCAGAGGCUUUGAAUUAUGUGGGGUUGUGUUUGGUCGUUGUUCCAGGGAGAUACAGCUCGGAGAGUGAUGUGUGGAGUUUUGGCAUCCUCCUAUGGGAAACGUUUAGUCUAGGAGUGUGUCCUUACCCAGGGAUGACCAACCAGCAGGCCAGAGAGCAAGUGGAGAAAGAUUACAGAAUGUCCUGUCCAACAAAGUGCCCUGAGGAGAUUUACAAAGUCAUGCAGAAGUGCUGGGAGUACAAACCUGAAAAUCGGCCAAAGUUCGCCGACCUUCAGAAAGAACUGGCCUCGAUCAAGAAGAAAUAGCAGCCUGGUAGGGGAAGGUGGACCAGGUCAUGUCAUCACAUCCAGGGGAUCACCCCCUUACAACCUGAGAGAAACACCACAGAACGUUACAGCCUUGAUGCUACUUGUCGUGAUUGUACUCACGAUGUAUACUUUGUCACAAAAUCACUGUGUUAUUUGCCUAGGCAACUGUUUUGAGCCAUUAUCAAGGAGAGAGAUCUCUGCUUAGCUUGGAUCAUUGUCAAAAUAUGACAGUAUUAUUUUUUUAAACCUGGUGUUCCUUUAUUUCUGUUCCUUUCUCUUACUGAACCUCUGCAACUAAAGGUGUUUUGAGACAUAACCACGCAAACAUGUGUACAAUAGAUACAAUUCAUCAUGCUCCAUUGCACUUCUGUCGUUUUGCUAUUGGUCAUCACUCGGGCAUAGCCACGCUAAUGAGAAAUGUCACAAUUUCUAGUUUUUUUUUUAGGGCCCUGAGUUUGGUCCUGUUAAGGUUAGAUGAGUAAUAUGACUUGAAAAUGCAAAGCAGUCUGGUGCUCCGUGUAGCCGUGCAACGUCUAAAAAAGACUGUCUAGAUGCACUCCGUAGCUCAUUUCAGUCUUCAGAGACAGAUGGGGUUUGAGAACCAGUUCCUACCCAAGGAUGUAACAGUUUAUACCUAAGGGUAUAGUGUCCUGUUUUUGUCUCGAGCUUGACUUUURGACAUUCAGCAAGAAGUUUCUUCUUCUUCCUGUGAAGUCUUAUUGUGAUGUGACAGUUUGAUUUGAGAUCUGUGAAUCAUUUCUGUCCUAAGAUUUCGUAAAGUAUUCUCUUUUUGCCCACUAUUUAAUGUAGAAAACCUUUGAGUAAAACAUACAAGGAUAAGUGCAAUUUGUGACACCCUUUUCCUAUAAUUGUUUGGGCUUUGUAAUGUAGAAAUAUUGCAAUAAGGCCAUUUAUUUAGAAUUAAUAUAAUUUUACUUAGAAUUAUUAAAUGUUUCAGACCCUCCAGAAUGCUGACUAUUUUCUACGUUUUGGUCUCUGUUGUUACAAGCUCAAUACUCAUAAUUUGAGAAUUAGAAUGUACCAUAACUGUACUAUCUGACUUGAAAUGUGAAUUUAGCAUUUUGUGUCAAAAACAAUCCGCUUUUACAUAGCUACGAGAGUUUUAAGGAGCUCCAUUUUUCAUGUAUUCAUUUMUGUGGUAUUUUUUUACUUCCAUUUAAAAAUAAAAAUAAACUACUGUUCUAAAUCGUUGAUAGACAUGCAUUCAGCAAUGAACAGUGAACUUGUUUUCAUUAAGUAUACUUAGGGCCAGGAGUUGUAUCUGACCAUGCGACAUGACCUAGAGAGAACUCUGGGGCCUAGUCUAUACCUAUGGUCUACAGUUUUCCUGGCAAGGUAAUUCUCCGGUCCCUAAUAUAGUAUAUUCGCUAUUCCAGCCACUCCUGUAUGAUAUAAUUUCUCUGAGGGUGCCAUGUUGUUUCUAUGUCAACCAAGCUCCUUGCCAUUUGUGCUGACAGCCCAAGCGUGUCUUCAAAACAUCUUCUGUGAAGUAACACGUCACAUCCAUCCAUCACUUUCACUCCUAUUAGAAUGAUGGAACUCUUGUCUUUCAAAAAACAUUCCUCCUGUAUUUUGUAAAUACUUGUAGAUGCUAUAACUUUUAUUUUAUGCAAAUGUAGGUCACGUUUUGUGUGUUUCUCUAUUGGAAGUGUUUCUUCCAAUGAUUUAUUCGAUAAAGAAAACAUUUUCUAUGUUUUGCUUCUGAAUCUGCAUGAUUGUUUGUACAUUUUUAGUAUAUGUAUAAAAGAUUUUUGGAAAGAUCCUCUUUCCUAUCCAUUAUACAAUGUCUCCUGCUCAUCUAUCCUGUAUCCUCAUCUUACUGUGUCACAAAUUACACCCUAUUCCCUAUAUAGUGCACUUAUAUGCCAAAGGUAGUACAUUAUAUGGUGAAUAGGGUGUCAUUUGAGACACAGGCUUUGGUUCGUUGACAGGAGUAACAGUUAUUUUCUUCAUUUCUCCAGUCAAAUUACCUCCUGAUAUUUAAAGAAAUGUUUUGCAACCUAGUAAGAAAAAGGUSUAGAAUGAAUAGGCGAAGGGAGCUUACAUCUUAACUACUGGUUGAUGAGCACAAGAUAUUUCUGUUUAACACAUUUGAAAAGCAUACACCUUUUUCAGCAACUCUUAUUUAUUUGAAACACUUAAAUAGUAUGAGUAUUUUAUAUUAAUUUGUCUCCUGUUAGUGUAUUAAAAUAUUUGCCAGMUU